AUGGUAUUUAAGGUGAAGAGGAGAGAGAGAAACACGAUGGAGAAAUUUUCUAUCUGGAAGAAUACACUUUGGCCAGGAGAUGAUGGUGGUUUCCACAGCAACAUUACCCAGAGAAGCCCAAAGUUGAUAUCGUACUUGAAGCCCCAGACGUCCAUACAGUCAAUGCCACUUACAGUGGUGCUGCAUGGUCCUGCCGGUGUCGGGAAAACCACGGUGGCAAAACAGCUGCUGCUGGAAUGGACACAGGACGACCAGGCAAAGGCAUCCAGUUCCGCCUUCUAUCUCAGCUGCAAGGACCUCAACCACAAGGGGACGUGCACUUUUGCAGAGCUGGUAUCUGCGAACGGGCCGGAUUUGCAGGAUGCCAUUCCGGGGAUCCUCACCCAAGCACGGAAAAUCCUGUUCAUCGUCGACGGCUUUGAUGAGCUGAGAGUCCCCUCGGGGGCGCUCAUCCAUGACAUAUGUGGCGACUGGAGGAAGCAGAGGCCAGUGCCCGUCCUCCUGGGGAGUUUGCUGAAGAGAAAAAUGUUACCCAAGUCCACUUUAGUGAUCACCACCCGACCGGGCGCCCUGAGGGAGCUCCGGCUCUUGGUUGAACAGCCACUCUUCAUAGAGAUCGAGGGGUUCUUGGAGCUGGACAGAAAGGCAUAUUUCUUGAAGCACUUUGAAGAGGAGACUCAAGCCCUGCGAGCUUUUGACUUGAUGAAGAAGAACGCAGCUCUGUUCCGCAUGGGCUCAGCGCCUGCUGUGUGCUGGCUUGUCUGCACGUGUCUGAAACGGCAGAUGGAGAAGGGGGAAGACCCUGCCUCGACCUGCCUGACCACCACGUCCCUGUUCCUGCGUUUCCUCUGCAGCCAAUUCACAGCAGCUCGCGGCAGCUGCCCCCGUGAUUGCCUCCAAGCUCCGCUGAAGUCUGUGUGCCUCUUGGCUGCUGAGGGCGUAUGGACACAGACAUCUGUGUUUGAUGGAGAAGACCUCAGGAGACUUGGGGUAAAGGAGUCUGCCCUCUGUCCUUUCCUGGACAAGAAUAUUCUCCAGAAGAGCAAAGACUGCGAGGGCUGCUACUCUUUCAUCCACCUCAGCGUCCAGCAGUUUCUUGCCGCCGUGUUCUAUGUCUUGGAGACUGAGGAGGAGGAGGAGGAGGAGGACGUGGGUGGCCACAGGUGCCACAUUGGGGAUUUGCAGAAGCUGCUGUCCAAGGAAGGAAGACUGAAGAACCCCAGCCUGACCCAGGUGGGCUACUUCAUAUUUGGCCUCUCCAACGAAGAAAGGGCCAUGGAGCUGGAGACGACUUUUGGCUGUCUAGUAUCGAUGGAGAUCAAGCAGCAGUUACUGAAAUGCACAUCAACGCCCCGUGGGAAGAAACCCUUCUCAACCAUGGACACGAAGGAGAUUUUGUAUUGUCUUUAUGAAUCUCAGGAGGAGGAGCUUGUGGAGGAUACAAUGGCCCCCAUCACGGAGAUUUCUAUCCACUUGACAAAUACAUUUGAAAUGAUGCAGUCUUCUUUCUGCCUUAAACAUUGUCAAAACUUGCAGAAAAUUUCACUGCAGGUAGGAAAGAGGAUAUUCCUGGAGAAUGAUACCACGUGGAAAUCAGAUGCUCAGGUUGAGAGGUCACAGCACGACCAUCAUUCUCUUCAUCUCUGGGCAGAUCUCUGCUCUGUGUUCAGUUCAAACAAGAACCUGAACUUUCUGGAUGUGAGGGAAAGCUUCCUGAGUCACUCCUCAGUGAGGAUUCUUUGUGAGCAGAUAACCCAUGUCACCUGUCAUCUCCAGAAAGUCGUGAUUAAGAACGUCUCCCCUGCUGAUGCUUACCGGGACUUCUGCCUGGCUUUCAUUGGUAAGAAGACACUGACACACUUGGUCCUGGAAGGCAGUGUCCACAGUGACGAGAUGCUGUUGCUGCUGUUGUGUGAGAUCCUGAAACAUCCAAGAUGUAAUCUGCAGUAUCUGAGGUUGGGUUCUUGUUCUGACACCCCUCAGCGGUGGGCUGAUUUCUCCUCAGCCCUCAAAAUCAACCAGUCCCUGAAAUGCCUGGAUCUCACAGCCAGUGAGUUUCCGGAUGAGGGUGUCAAGUUGCUGUGUUCGACUCUGAGACACCCAAUGUGUUUCCUGCAGAAAUUGUCGCUGGAAAACUGUCACCUUACAGAAGCCUGUUGUAAGGAGCUGUCUUCUGCUUUGAUUGUCAACCAGAGGCUGACCCACCUGUGCUUGGGCAAAAACAACCUUGGCAUUGGCGGGGUGAAAAUUUUGUGUGAGGGCUUGAGUUACCCCGAAUGUCAACUACAGACCUUGGUGUUGUGUCAUUGCAACAUAAACAGACAUGGCUGCAAAUACAUCUCAAAGCUUCUCCAAGGAGACUCCAGCCUAACAAACUUGGACCUGGGUUUCAACCCCAUAGCCACUGGAUUGUGCUUCCUCUCUGAAGCUUUGAAGAAGCCAAAUUGUAACCUGAAAUGUCUAGGGCUCUGGGGCUGUUCCAUCACCCCUUUCGGUUGCCAGGAUCUCGCCUCUGCGCUUAUUAGCAACCAGAGCCUGGAGACUCUGGACCUGGGCCAGAACAUCUUGGGGCAGAGUGGAAUAAUGGUGCUCCUUGAGGCUUUAAAACAGAAGAAUGGCCCCUUAAAGACACUCAGGUUGAAGAUAGACAAAUCUACCAUGGAAAUCCAGAAGCUGUUGAAGGAUGUGAAAGAAAGCAAUCCAAACUUGACUAUUGAAUGCAAUAAUGCCAGAACAACUAGGUCCUCGUGUUGUAACUUCCUUUCCUGA